GUUAAUUUUAUUAAAUUUGAGUUUAUCGUUGCAAAAUCAAUGAAAUCUAAUUCUUUUAAGUGUAAUUGUUUAAGUUAAUCCACAUUUUGUUUCUGAAAACAUACAACUACUCAAUUAUUUAUCCAAAUUUCAUCCAUGAACGCAUUGUAUGUUAACGAUUCGAGUUUUAAGGCGAAAAACGGUCAACUUCUGUAAGGUUAUGUUUGAAUUUAUACAUGUGAUUUACGUGAUUCUCAAAGACUUUUAACAACUUUUAAGUUAAAAGGAUAAAUGACAAUAACAUGAUUCAAUGUCUUCAUAAUGAAUAUAAGUUUUCAAAACAAUGUUUUCUAUUAAUUCGUUCAAUAUCGUUAACAAAUUCUGCAAAUCAUUCUACAAAUUAUAUAAAACAACCAAAACAAACACCAACACCACCAACAACACUCAACCCAAUCAUCAAGUACAACAUAUUCAAUUUCGAAGUUUCAAGGAUGUUCGACUUGAAGAUAUUCCAGAAGUAUCAGUCUCCACCAUUCGAUCAAAGUUUAAGAAGUAUGAUAUGAAGUUUGAGGAGGUUUACACUAAUUUUAUAAUUAGUUGUCCUAUGUGUGAGAAGCAAAAAGAGAGUCUAAUAGAUAAAACAAAAAUAUUUGUUAAUAAAAGAACAGGAUCAUUCACAUGUGAAACAUGUCAUCAUACAGGAACCUGGUUUGAUAUUGAAUCCUACAUCACAUCUAGCAACACCAAAAAUGUCAAAUUCAAAGAUCCACUGGUUGUGAAAGAGCUGAACAAACUUACACAGUACUUAAGAAACUUGAAAAACAAUACAAUAAGUUUUAAAAACAUUGAUGAUGCUCUUUCCAAGCAAAUAUUGAAGAAAUUUGAGCUGCCAGACAUAAUUCCAAAGAGUUUAAUGAUAACACUGGGUGUAACAGUGGACAUCACCCACACCAGUAUGUAUUUUCCACUUCAUAAUUCUGCAUAUGACAUUGUGGGCCAUAAAGUUAUUAGAGUGAAUGCUAAAAGUUCAAUCGAACCGUCUUUAAGACACACAGCAUCAAGUGGUAUUUUGUAUCAUAGAGGCAGCAAAUCUUCAUCAACAGCUAUUGUAGUUGCAACCGUUGGCGAUUUUCUCAAUUUUGUUAAUGCUAAUUCAGCAUAUCAUGUUAUCUGUUUACCAAAUGGACUUGCAAAUCUCUCUUUGCACGUUUUACCCGCGUUUGAUCGAUUUGCCAGGUUGAUUCUAUGGUUUGGAAAUGAUCUCUCAGCGUGGGAAACUGCAAGGAAUUUUUCUAAGAAGCUUGGAGAACGAAGAUGUUCCUUUAUAAGGAAUAUGGAAGUUGUUCCGGAAACAUUGCAGGACUUCAAGAAUCUCAUCUCAUCCGCGCAACCAAUGUGGCACAAAUCAAUCACAACGUUUGCGAGUCUGCGUGAAGACGUCCUCUCAGAUCUGCAAAACAUCGACCGUGUGCAGGGCAUAAAAUGGUCACGUUUUCCCACAUUAAAUCGAAUAGUCAAAGGUCACCGCCGCGGCGAACUCACAGUAUUCACUGGCCCUACCGGAAGCGGUAAAACAACUUUCAUAAGCGAAUAUUCUCUGGAUUUAGCAAUGCAAGGUGUGAAUACACUUUGGGGCAGUUUUGAAAUUCGCAACGCGCGUUUAGCACGCACAAUGUUGCAACAAAUGGCGGGUAUUCCUCUCGACGAACAUUUAGAUCAGUACGAUCACUGGGCUGAUAAAUUUGAAGUCCUUCCUAUUUACUAUAUGACUUUUCACGGCCAGCAAUCGAUCAAAGUUGUAAUGGAAGCCAUCGAGCAUGCUGUUUAUGUGCAUGAUAUUUCGCAUGUCAUCAUUGACAACCUGCAGUUUAUGAUGGGUAUGAGUGAAGAGACGAGAAACAUGGACAGGUUCUGGAAGCAGGACUUAAUCGUAGCCAACUUUCGAACGUUUGCUACGCGAAGAAAUUGUCAUGUUACUUUAGUUAUUCAUCCUAGGAAAGAGCGGGAUGCGGAAGAUCUGACGAUGAGUUCAAUUUUCGGCGGUGCCAAAGCCUCGCAAGAAGCCGACAACAUUUUAAUUAUUCAAGAUAAGCGACUGGCUUCUAUAAAAGGCAAGAAGUAUUUACAGGUUUGUAAGAAUCGUUACAGCGGCGAUCUGGGUGUGAUGCCAUUAGAUUUUGAUAAGUCUAGCUUGAGUUUUGUGAGUAAAAAAGACAAAAAGAAGUUGGAAAUUGGUCCAAAGAUUGAUGUUACUAAUGAUCAGGGCAUUUACCAGACUGAGUGAUAUUUUUAUACACUAUAUAUUUUGUUACUGAGUCAGCUAAGAAAUUUAUAUUUUAUAAAUAUAAACAUAUAGUAUUUGUACAAGUGAAAA